AUGGGAUCUGUUAGUUCAGAAGAAAAUAAAAGAGGAGAAUUUGCCAAAUUUGAGUUAGAUGCAGAGAGUUUAAAAGAAAAUUUAAGAUAUGGUUUUGGUUCUUAUACUCCUGAUUAUUUACAAUUUUUAAAUAAUCCCUAUUACCUAUCAUUUUUUAUGGGUUUAGCAUCUUUUUUUCAAAGUAUUGCUGUUAAUGGAGCUUAUCCAAUGGCAAUUUCAUCCCUAGAAAGACGGUAUAAUUUAAAUAGUAAGCAAACAGGAACAGCAAAUGUUGCUUAUGAUUUAUCUGUUGCUUUGGUAGUUUUUUAUGUUUGUAAAAAAGGUAACUCUGGUCAUAAGGGAAGAUGGAUUGCUGGUGGUGUUUUAUUUACUUCUAUUGGAUGUUUAUUAUGUGCAUUACCUCAUUUUAUAUAUGGUCCAUAUCAGGUUCCAACAAUAAUUAAUGAAAAAAAUAAAGAUUUAGGAGAGUGUACCUUUAGAAAUAUUACUAUUACAAAUAAUGUUGUUGAAAUAAGUUAUUUUGAAAAAUUUAUAAAAAAAUUUAAAUUUGGAAAUAUUGGAUUAUAUCUUGAUCCAAUUUUUUUGAUGUUUUUUUUUGGUAUGUUUAUAAAUGGUGCCGGUUCAACACCUUUGUUUUCUAUUGGUACGGCAUAUCUUGAUGAAAAUGUUUCACAACAAAGUUCUGCUAUGUUUUUAGCUGUAAAUGCUUUUAUGCAGGCACUUGGUCCUGUUUUUGGUAUGAUGGGAUUUGCCUAUUUAUUAAAUAUUUAUGUUGAUUUUGAUACUGUUGAUCAUAAUAAUUUAAAUUUAAAAGAUAGUAAUGAUCCACGAUGGAUAGGUGCUUGGUGGCUUAGUUUUUUAAUAACAGCUGCAGCAACUGUCUUUACAGCUAUUCCAUUAUUUGGUUAUCCUACACAACUUCCUGGUGCUAAAAUACAUAGAAUGCAUGAUAUUGAUCAAAGGCAUCAGGUAACAAAAGAAGUUGAAGAUAAAUUAGAAUAUAUUGGUAUAGUUUCUUGUAUCAAAUCAUUUAAAUAUAUUUUUUCUAAUCCACCAUUUAUGUUUGUAAUUCUUGAAAAUAUAACAGAAUCAAUGAUAUUAAAUGGAUUUUCUGGUUUUAUGCCUAAAAUUAUGGAAAAUUUAUUAAAUGUCUCUCCAUUAAUAUCUGGAUUUUUAAGUUCUUCCAUAAUUAUAGCUGCCUGUGUGGGUGUAAUACUUGGUGGUGCAUUAUUACAACAAUUAAAAUUACAAUUAAGUGGAAUGCUUAAAAUUAAUAUGACCUUUCAUAUUUUAGCUGUAUUUUUUAUGUGCGCCUUUAUUUUUCAUUGUCCUUCUAAAGAAUUUAUUGGUAUAAAUGAAGGUUAUCCUGGAACUCUUGUAAAGCAAUCAAAAAUCAAUUUAAAUGACACUUGUAAUUCAAAUUGUUAUUGUAAAGAAGACUGGAAUCCAGUUUGUCAUAUCUCAACAAAUAAAAUGUUUUUUUCACCAUGUUUUGCUGGAUGUACAGAAAGUUAUGAAGACUCUGAUAAUACUUUAUCAUGGAAAAAUUGUUCAUGUAUUGAUACUAAUGCAAAUACAACAAAAGUUAAACAAGGUUUUUGUGAUAUUGAAUGUGGAAAAAAUAGAUAUAUUUUUAUAGCUUUAAUUAUGUGUGGUACAGUUUGUUCAUUUGCAGCAGGAAUUCCGGCACAACAAGCAUUACUAAGAAUGGUUCCUUUUCAAUCUAGAUCAUUUGCAAUUGCAAUAAAUUGGGUUUUACUUCGAUUACUAGGAUUUUUACCUGGUGGAUAUAUUUUUGGAGCAAUUAUUGAUGGUUUUUGUUUAAAAUGGAGUAAAGCAGAAAAUUUUGAAUAUAAAUCAUGUUUAGUUAUGGAUACUCAUGGUCUUGCAAUGCGUCUUAUGCAAGUUUGUAUGAUAUGUAAAUUAAUAAGUAUAUUAGGAUGCAUUGUGGCACAAAUAACAUAUAAACCAACUGAUAGAGGAACUGCAAUAACCACAGAUUCAGAAGUUCCCUGUUCUUUUGCUAUAAAUGAUGACAGAACAAACGAAGAAAAAUUAAAAUAUCGUGUAAAGUAA